AUGGAUAUACUAGACGACCUUGAGUCCCUGAAGUUUGAGUAUGGGAUUCCAGAGGAUGAGCGCUACUGGCUGUAUUUGCAGGGGCGGUAUCGGGGACUGAUGAUCAAGGGCUGCGCUCAUGCAGUCUUCUUUUGCAAACUGUUCUGUACUUUAAGAGAACUAUUACAGCAGGGCUGGCGCACAAUACAGUCUCGGGCUGUGUCAUUUGAUGCUGCCUCCAUGGAGGAUGAGACGUUAAAAGUGGGCAUCAUCGGUUGUGGCCACCUCGGGAGGCAGCUGGCUACCGUCCUGCUGAGACUUGUCCCCAUCCCUGCUGAGAACCUGCACAUCUCCACUCGGAGGCCCGAGUCCCUGGUUGAGUUCCAGAAGUUAGGGGUCCGGUGCCUGUACGACAACGCUUCUGUGGCGAGCUGGGCCCAAGUCUUGUUCCUCUGCUGUCUGCCGUCUCAGCUGCCUAAUAUCUGCUUGGAAAUCCAAAACAAACUCGAGAAGACCUGCUUCGUGUACAGCUUUGUGUCGGCGAUCCCGCUACCCAGGCUGAAAUUUCUACUGAACCAUAACAAUAUCCUGCGGCCUCAGUAUCACUUUACUGAGCAUUUUGACAACAUCUGGGGAGAGACUAAGGAAAUCACAGCUGUUCUUCAAGAUCCAGAGGUCAUUCGGGGUACCUACCCCUACAGUGAUGUUGGGGGAGUGAUCCUCAACAUCAAAUGGCUGGAGGGGGUGUUCUAUGCGGCCAUCAACGUCUGCACAGCGAGGAACGUGUUCCACUCCCACGUGCUCCAGAUCCUCAACAAGCUCUUUCUCUCCGCGCACUGGGAAAGCUGCGAGACAGACAAGGCGUCCUGUCCCAAAUUCCAGCUAACAGAUUUUUUGAACAAAAACUACGUCAAUACGUUGCUUCAUAGAAGGCCUUUCCCCUGGUUUGAUCUGACUACCGUGCAGCUCAAGGAUACGCCUUUUAGCCAGCAUCUCUCAGCCACGCCUACUCUCCAGAACCACCUGACUCUUCUAUACGCUCAAUCAUUUGGCAUCACCCCAACCGAAGAAGAGCUGUCAAAGGUUCCCACGGGUUCUUCACCCCAAGGGGAUGAGGGUUGA